CCGCCGCCGCCCGACGCGCAGCCGCCGUCGAAGCCUUUGCCGCCGAUUCCGCGCGAAGACAACGACGGAACUCUUGUGUUGCGACGGAACGACUCGGAAGGACACUCGUCGCGCGCCUCGGGCGCCAUUCCCGACCUCUUGUCACAACACGUGACCGAAAAGGCGGACGAAGUGUCGGCGCUUUUGUUACAAUACAGACAACAGUGCGGACAAACUCCGCCCCUUUUGCAGAACAAACAGCGCUCGUUCCUCACGUUCGGCUUCUCCGCCGGAGGGGCCACUCCCUCACCGCGGCGCGAGUCGCACGUGAACGUGAACGUUGCGCCUGCCAUCCACGCGGACACUCCGGAGAUCCGCAAAUACAAGAAGCGCUUCAAUUCGGAGAUCCUUUGCGCCGCCCUCUGGGGCGUCAACCUUCUCAUAGGCACCGAAUCGGGACUCAUGCUUCUCGACCGCAGCGGACAGGGAAAGGUGUAUCAGCUCAUCUCGCGGCGCCGUUUUCAACAGAUGGAGGUUCUCGAGGGACAGAACAUCCUGAUCACCAUUUCCGGCAAAAAGGCGCGCGUCCGCGUCUACUAUCUCUCGUGGCUCAAGAGUAAGAUCAUCCGCACGGACCAG